GAUGUCAAAUAAAUGUCAAAACAAAACAAGCUAACGUCAAGACGUCAACAAAAAAAAUAUAACCUUGUCGUAGAACAAAAAUAAAAACAAAUCAUGUAAAUUAAGUUAUUUGAAAGGAACAAUUAAUUAAACUAUAGAACGAUUAUACAAGAGGAUAUUGUAUAAACUUCUAUCAACAGCUGACAUUAUGGCGCUUGAAAUUGUCGGCGCUAUUUUGUUUACAAUACUUUUAGCAUUUCUUCUAAGAGUACUUUACCUUAUUUAUGAAAUUACUAUAGUAAACAAGUGUGAACUCACAAGACCAAAAUCACUACGAACUAUCCUUUGCAUUGGUUCUGGCGGCCAUACGACAGAGUUACUGAGAUUAGUGAAGAACUUGAACAAGAAGAAGUAUCAACCGCGGGUCUACAUUCUGGCGGAUAAUGAUGUCAGUAGUGAGGUAAAGAUUCACGAAACAGAGAAGGAACAAAGUGACUACACUCUGAGCAGGAUACCACGAAGCCGGAAUGUGCAACAGUCGUAUUUUUCUUCAGUAAUCAGCACCCUCUAUGCUACCCUGUGUACACUACCUGUAAUAUAUAAUUUCAAGCCAGAUGUUAUAUUUUGUAAUGGACCAGGAACUUGUAUACCAGUUUGUGUUGUAGCUUUCCUUUUAAGAUGUUUGUACUUAUUAGAUUGUCGCAUAGUAUUCAUAGAAAGCAUUUGCCGAGUUCGAACUCUGUCAUUGACUGGAAAAAUACUUCAAUUUUUUGCAGAUAUUGUUGUUGUACAAUGGCCCCAACUGAGGGAUGUUUGCUUUAGGGCUAAGUACUUUGGGAGGCUAACAUAGAAAUAAUUUUAAGUUUUAACGAAGAAUGUUUUUUAAAGUUUUUAAUUUGUAGUUUAACUUUUUGAGUAUAAAAAAAUGAUUGAUAUUGAAUAAAUCAUAUCAAUUUUCAA